GAACCGGGCGCGGCAGGACGCCGAGCCCCACCGCCCUGGAGCGGCCAUGCGGCUCCUGCCUCUUCUUGUCUGGGCGCUGCUGCCAGGCUGCUGGGCGGUGACGGGGCCUGGCACCGUGCGGGGGUUCCUGGGGGGGUCCCUCUCGGUGACCUGCGCGUACGAGCCCGGCUAUGAGACGAUGCCGAAGUUCUGGUGCUAUCCGGGAAGCGUUUCCACCUGCAAAACUGACAUCGUUCUCACCUCGGAGCUGAGCCCCGUGGUGCAGCGAGGCCGGGUCACCAUCGAGGACAAUGGUACACAACGGGUGUUCACGGUGACCAUUAAAGACCUGGUUGUGCAGGACGCGGGCACCUACCGCUGCGGGGUGCGAACGAGCACACUCUCGCGUGAUAAGAGCGCCAAUGUGAGGGUGAUCGUGUCCCCAGCUCCGUCUUCCUCCUCCCCGGCAUCGCCCUAUGGCCCCACCACUGAGCACCGGGAUCUCACUAGCUUUGUAUCAGUCUCCACACAGGCAAAUCCCCAGGCGGAAUCUCUGCAACCACGAUCAAAUCUCUCCCACCACAAAGGCUCCAGCCCUCCACACUUGGAUGUGGUUGAGCACAUCCUCACCCCAGUCAUCGUAGUGGUUCUUCUUUUGCUUGCAGUUGCUGUCGGUGUUUUGGUAAUAUUGACUAGGAAGAGGAAGAAGGCCCCUUCUGGAACAGCUGUAGAGAUGGACAGGACUGGCAGCAUGUCACAUACAGGAGAAGAUGCCUUGAACUAUGCGGACAUCAACCACCGCACGAGCACAGCCGAGAGCCAGUUGUACAGCAACACCGAGGCAUUACGCUGCUUGGCAGACACCACGACAGAGUACAUGGAGGUCAAGCAGAGCAACAAGCGUUCGGAAGAGAAAAGAGAGGCCGCAUAUGCCACCGUGCGGAAGUGUCCACCAGCGCAGCAGGAGAUCUACGCCAACGUGCCGUCAGCUCCACAGCCCAGAGGAGAGCCCCAGAGCCCGGUGCAGAGGGAGUGAGCCCGUCCGGGUCCCUGUGCUGCUCCUGCUGCCGGCAGCGCCAGCGGGACACACAUGGGAUACACACGGAGGGCAGUGGGCUGGCUUUCUGCUCAGGCAGGAGCCGGCUGGACAGCAGAGCUGCUGCUCUUGUGGGCUUGGAUGUUUCCUUGGAGCAACCUUGAAGAGAUUGAUGAUGAGCAGGAGGCACGGGGCGGGAUGAGGAUGGAAUCAUCCCUCUGCGUUUGGAGACCUCACCCGCACAGCAGUGAUGCUGGGAAUAAAACCUUACCCCUUGCACUGGGGUAGCUCAAGCCAGAGACCGGCUGGGCAGGGGUGGAAGAGCCCAGCAGCAGGAGGUGAGGGUGGGCUCUGCCUGGCUCCCUGCAUCCAGCACCCAUCCCAGUUGCCCCUUUGGCUGUUAUUCACAGGGACUGAAGCUCCCAAACCCAUUGGUCACCUCGGACUGACUUUUUUCACGCUGAUGGCAGGCAGAGCUGGCAGCUCCUGGGAAGCAGGACAGUGAGAUGUGCUAUAUCCAAAUGCAUUUGUUACAUCCAAACACUGGAGGGCUCAAGUGGAGGGUGCAGUGCAUUAGGGUCUCGAUGAUGGCAGAGGAGGUCCUGUCCCUCCUGCACAGUGGCUGGGAAGUGUCUCCCUGACCCUCCUGGUCCCACAUCCCCAGGGACGUUUGUUCCUGCUCUCUCUCCACCACCAUUCCCAAGGAACUCCAGGCUGGAAGCACACGGAUAAGCAGUAACCGUGACCCUGCUCUUCUCUGCUUUGCUGAUAAUUUAUUUCAUGGCACCCACUCAAUACAUCUGUUUGUGAGGCUGAGUCAAGUGUAUUUCAGGGGUUCAUUUGGAGAGGAUCUGUUAACUUCGUUAACUGCUGCAAAGCUUUGUUUCAGUAUUGUAAUUGUCUUAUUUGAGAAGCCACGUGGAGCAUCCCUGCUCUGACAAAGCCAAAGUCGGCUGGAAUUAAGUGCCUGUGGUAAAACA